AUGGUGAAUGGUUAUGUGGUACUAAGGUUUGACUGUGGAUCUGGAACAGCUGUGAUAAGGAGCGAGAAGCCAGUAAGCCUGGGCCAGUGGCAUGAACUACGAGUCUCUCGAACAGCUAAGAAUGGCUUAUUACAAGUCGACAGCCAGAAACAAGUAGAGGGGAAGUCUGAGGGGGGAUUUACUCAGAUAAAAUGUAACCCCGACAUCUACAUUGGUGGAGUUCCUGAUUAUGACACCGUGAAGAAGAACUCCGGAGUCCUGCGACCAUUCAGUGGCAGCAUUCAGAAACUUAUACUGAAUGACAGGAUCAUGAAUCUGGUGGCUGGCCUGUUUUCUGGGGUAAAUCUGAUCAACGCCGCCCAUCCCUGUGCU